UGGGAAUAACUUUGAAAUUAAGCUUGUUGUUGGAUUCUCAAAUUACUUUUAUUGAAGACCUUUGGACAAUCGCGGGAUGUGGGAGUUACCAGUGCCAACAGCUGUGUCGUUGUUUACCAGUAUAACCAGCUGAUCGACAUGGUUAAAUUUUGCUCGCGGGAGAAACCAUGGAUAGACUUUAGGCUCUGUAGCAUUCUCACAGACCAGCUAUCCGAGCACGUUUCUCUACAACACGUGCUGUGAAGCCACAGCAGCCUCUCUUCAGCAACCAGCAAAUCCUGCAGUAAAAUCUCCAACUUCAGCAUACCCGCUCCGUUAUGGUAUCGCGUUGCUUACUAGAUACUAACACAGUGCGUAUUGCUCGUUCUCGCUCUCACGUUCUUUUACUAGCCCUUUCCGUUUGCCUUUGUCUAUGCCAUCUCUUCAGCGCGCAGGAUUGUUGAAUGAAAUUUGCAAUGCGGUUGUACCGGGGUCAGUAGCACGACUCAAGUUAGUUAUGAGUGAUUUUCCGCAAGUUUUGGAUGGGUUGGAGUAACGAAAAUCAUACUCCCGUUGUUGGUGUACUUUUUCCUCAAAUGUUUGUUUUCAAUCAACUGAUUGUAACACUAGCAUAGUUGUUCAUAGCAGUAUAAUUACUGGAUAACCUGCACUUAUCGAAACAACUCUCGAUGUGCAUCAGUAAGGCUGCGUGACAAAUACUACGAGAAUGGUGCGCCUGGUUGGACACUCCAAGUUACUAGUCAGACUACUACUGUUCAUAUCCCUCGUCAUCUUAAUAUCUUUACUGGCACUUACGAGGUGCGGUCUGAAAGGAUUUAUAUCGAAAGAGAACAACUCGGACAUCGCACGCGAUUCAACAGCAACUGAUAGUGUAAUAUCCGAUGGCGAUUAUGUUGGCGUACAGGAGGCCGUCCCUUUGGGUGCAAUUGAGCAUUUCAUCAGUUCUCCACAAGAUCGCUACCAAAGCGAUGCAGAACAACAGCAUAAUGGUUAUCUACAAAUGCUGCAGCAACGCGAAGAGGAAAACCUUAAAGAAGUAGCGAAAUUGACCAACGAAAUAAAAAUGCUCAAACUUCAAAUUUUGCAACUCAAAAGUGGACUUGGAGGAGUCAUUGGAGUAAUUCCUUUAGUCGCAGCAGGAUCCCUUCCUCUAUCUUCAGGUUCAUCCCUUUUUAAUAGUAGCACCGGUUUGUUAAGCAAUUCUCCUUCAGGAACACAGCUGACACACGAUUGUACGGCCUUCAUAAGACGCCAAGUUGGAGCGGCAGAAAUUUUGCAUGGCAUACCGCUGAAUAAUGAGUACGAGCUAAUACCGUUCAACCACUUUACGUUUAGUCGAGUGUACCCGAUCGAGCUUGGAUUAGGGAAGCGCGUGGUGGAAAAACCGAUUGGCUAUAAAAGAAAGGAUCUACUAGGCGCAGUGAACAAGGCGCUCGAGACUUUGAACCGAAACGUUACCUCCUUCGGACUGCGAUACACACUGGACGAUUUUAGCGAAGGUAUUUACCGGAAUGAUCCCACGACAGGCACACAAUAUGAGUUAUACUUCCGUACUAAAGAAGUUGGCAAAACCACAAACCCCCAAUCGCAGCAAAUGGGUGGCGCUCAGCAUCAUGAUUCUCAUCACGGUACUACGAAGUUGAUCGUUAUGCGGCCGUUUGCUCCCCUUCAAACUAUUCACCUGGACGCGUUCCCACGCCAACAAGAGAAGGAACUAAUCUACAUUGUUUUGCCGCUAUCAGGGCGAAUUAGCACGUUCCAGAGUUUCAUGGAUAAAUAUGUUAAGAUUGCCCUAAAGCAUGACAAAUACGUCCAUCUGACUGUCGUCUAUUUCGGCGACUAUGGACUCUCUGAAGCUCGUACUAUCAUGAGUCGCGUGAUCGGUAUGAAGAACAGCGGAGGUACAGCUUCGAAUUUAAAGUUGCUGGCACUAAACGAAACAUUCUCGAGAGCUAAGGCAUUACGCGUUGGAGCAGAGAACGUGUGGAGCGGUCAGGCGGACAAGAACAAAGAUAUUUUACUGUUCAUGUGCGAUGUAGAUAUAGUUUUUAGUGCAAAAUUUCUAGAUAGAUGCAGAUGGAACACUAAGCCCAAUAAAAUGGUGUACUAUCCAGUAGUCUUUAGUCUCUACAAUCCACAUGUAGUGUACACGUUGCAGGGCAAGGAAAUGCCACCCGAGACGGAUCAGCUGGUCAUAUCGAAGGACUCUGGGUUCUGGCGAGAUUUUGGUUACGGUAUGACUUGUCAAUACAGAUCCGAUUUUUUGCGGGUUCGCGGUUUUGACGAAGAGAUUAUCGGUUGGGGCGGUGAAGACGUAAUGCUGUACCGAAAAUACGUUCGAUCGCAAGUUAAAGUAAUACGUGCUACGGAUCCUGGUAUUUUCCAUAUUUGGCACCCGAAAGUAUGCGCAGGACCAGUCGAUUCGGGAGGACAGAGACUUUCCAUCGAUCAGUACCGCGCCUGUAUUCGAUCGCGUGCGCUUAACGAAGCGUCGCAUGCGCAACUGGGCUUCCUAGCGUUCCGUGACGACAUUGCGGCCAGCGAACCGGUACCCGGUAGCCGGUCUUUUGAUACAGAAUCUUUUCCCAUCUCAAAGGUUCAGGUGUCCCGGUCGAUGACUGCGACAACCAUAACACAGAAUAAAAGCACUAAUAAUAUAACAACCAAAAUGGCACGAAGCAAGCCUUCAGGAAAUCAGAAGACAGUACCAAUCAUGGCAGCGAAAGGAACUGAACAUAAAAAAACUACAUGAUCUUUUAUGGUACAUCAUCAGGAGAGUAUUUGGAAGAUUGAAUUUUAGUACUACUUGUCGAUGUUCAUAUCCGGAUCAAGUGAAUAUUGAAGAAAUAAUUGUACAUAAAAAAGCACAAAAAAUUUACAAGUUAAAAACAGUGUAGACGACGUAGCAGCUAUGUCUCAUAAAAAGGGAAUUAGGGACAAACCGAAAUGCGUGGAGCACGCACUAAUUGCGGAAACUUAUGAGAAUUUACAAAAUGUGCAAACGUAACGGAUUGUUCGAUGAUAAUGCCAAUGCCAUAACAAGGCGUGUCAUGAUUUUUUUGUCGAAUUACAAUAUCUACAGUCGUUUUGUAUUAUAAAUUUAGCUAGCCUUGCUAGGAAAGAGUACCUUCUGGAAAGUAUGAUAGCAUUACCGUUUUGCAUUUCCCUUGCAUUGUAAUUGCCAUGCAAUCUUUGCAAUCUCCAAGUUGUUCAAUAUUUCAAUGUUUGAAUCCGCGGAUCUAACAAAAGUUGUGAAUAAAAAGAUGCAUGGUUACUGUACAGUGAAUCGAUAGCUAUUAGCUGCAGAGAUCUUAGAAUAUUAAUAAAUCAAAGUAGUCUUUACGUUCUAAAUCGCAUUCUGGUCUGAUUAUGUCGAUAUGAAUACCAUGAAGAUAGUGAGAUAGUAUUUAAAAAUGCCCUUAAACUCCUAAGCAAUUAUCUUCUAAUCUAAGCAAAAUAGAACAUCAGUUGGUUCGAUACUGAACUUAGCAAAAAUUAAAACCGAAAGCUCAUUUGUUAAUUGAGGUGCGUUGUCAAAUCUGGUGCCUAUAUUAACCGAUUAUUACGAUUAGUAAUCUGCUGGAUUUUGAUUUGAUAUGAAAAUACCUGAACUUCAUUUUAGAUUUGGCAUUUUUGUUAUAAAAAUUCAUAUUUUUCUUUUAAAAGAGUGACAUUAGUAAUACUUCUUCAAAAAAUAUUAUUUCCAGUAUUUCGGUUUUUGUGAGUAUUACGAACAGCAAAAUAAGGCAAUGUUUCAUGGCGUUUCCUUUGGACAACUAGUACAGGAUAGCAUGAAGUGUAAAUAGUCAGUAGAAAGUUCUCAAGGUAUAGUUUAUAGCCAAACGAAAAAAAUGAAAAGUUAAAUAAAAGUAAAAUAUAGAA